CAGAAGAAAGAUCUCAGAGGGCAAAAAUAAACAUGAUAGAGGGACCCAUCAACACUUUUGAGACUGUUUUGAAUUUUGAUCAGAUUCUGCUGUAUGGGGAAUAUAAAGAGAAUUCGGGUAUUACUGAAACAAAGGAGGCUACACGUCUGCUAACUGAAAGGCAACGGAGGAGACAUGCUGGCAAUACCAGAGCAGCCAGGAGAAGCCGCGGUCGAAUACAUCAUGCCAGUUUGGAUGCGGGGCCAAUGACUCCAGGAUUAAGCCAGUCCUCUUCAAUUAAGCCCCGCCCCUAUUCAAAAUGCCAAGAUUGCCUGGCCAGAAUCCAGAGGUAUAUGGUGACCAAGCUUGGGGAGGACUGGAUCUUUCUGAUUCUUUUGGGUCUCACUAUGGCUCUGGUUAGCUGGAGCAUGGACUACGCCAGUGCCAAGAGCCUACAGGCGUAUAAGUGGAUGUAUGGAGAGCUGAAGGGAAAUGUGGCUCUGCAGUAUCUGGCCUGGGUCUCGUAUCCCAUCAUCCUCAUUGUGUUUGCAUCCCUAUUCUGCAACCUGGUCGCUCCACAAGCUAUAGGCUCUGGGAUCCCUGAACUCAAGACUAUUCUGAGAGGUGUGGUGUUAAAGGAGUAUCUCACGCUCAAAGCAUUUAUAGCUAAAGUCAUUGGUCUGACUGCUGGCCUGGGCAGUGGAAUGCCUAUUGGAAAGGAGGGUCCGUUUGUGCACAUCGCCAGUAUCUGUGCAGCAGUGCUCAGCAGGGUCAUGUCCAUCUUCACUGGUGUGUAUGAGAAUCCGUAUGGUUACACAGAUAUUCUGACGGUAGGAUGUGCUGUUGGGGUGGGCUGCUGCUUUGGGACUCCCCUCGGAGGUGUGUUGUUUAGUAUUGAGGUCACGUCGACGUAUUUCGCAGUGAGGAAUUACUGGAGAGGAUAUUUUGCCGCCACGUUCAGUGCCUUCAUAUUCAGAGUACUGUCAGUGUGGAACAAAGAUUCUGUCACGAUAACAGCGUUGUUUCGUACAAACUUCCGUAUGGACUUUCCUUUUGACCUGCAGGAACUGCCAGCUUUUGCAAUCAUCGGGAUCUCGUGUGGGUUUUUAGGAGCGUUCUUCGUCUAUCUAAACAGACAAGUUGUCCUGAUCAUGAGAAGGCCGAUGGCUCUCACGCGCUUUCUCACAAAACAUCGGUUGAUUUAUCCCGGUGUGGUGACACUGAUUAUAGCCUCUUUCACUUUUCCUCCGGGUUUUGGACAGUUUAUGGCUGGAGAGCUAAUGCCCAGAGAAUGCAUUAAUUCGCUGUUUGAUAACUUCACCUGGACGAAGAUCGUAGAUUCCGCUCCGCCCGGACUGGGACGAUCUGCUGCCUGGCUCCACCCACAAGUCAGCGUCUUUGUCAUCCUUCUACUGUUCUUUGUCAUGAAGUUUUGGAUGUCUGCAGUCUCUACAACAAUGCCAGUCCCUUCUGGAGCUUUCAUGCCUGUUUUUAUCUUAGGUGCAGCAUUCGGACGUUUGGUGGGCGAGAUCAUGGCCACACUUUUUCCGGAUGGGAUUCUGUUCGAUGGGAUCGUGUAUCAAAUCCUGCCUGGAGGCUACGCAGUGAUUGGGGCAGCAGCCAUGACCGGGGCAGUCACACACACAGUUUCCACAGCUGUGAUUUGUUUUGAGCUAACAGGGCAAAUUUCACACAUUCUGCCCAUGAUGGUGGCUGUGAUUCUGGCCAACAUGGUGGCUCAGGGUCUGCAGCCUUCUCUUUAUGACUCCAUCAUUCAGGUGAAGAAACUGCCCUAUCUCCCUGAGCUGGGAAUUGGACACAUCAGUAAAUAUAAUAUCUUUGUGGAGAACAUCAUGGUGAAGAAAAUGAAGUUUCUGUCACCUCAGUCCACAUACAGAGAACUGAGGGAUCUCCUGGAGUCAACGUCCCUCAAAACCAUCCCACUCGUCGACUCCAAAGAGUCAAUGAUUCUUUUGGGAUCCAUUGAGAGAUGUGAACUUCAGGCAGCCGUUGAUUGGUGGCUGUCAGCAGAGAGGCGGGUUUAUAACUCUGCUGAGGGCGUGCCCGGCCCAGGGUCACAGGUCAGCUGGGAGGCCUUCCCUUUUGUGGAUGAGGAAGCUGGAGAGGAAAAUGGAGAGAAGGCUAACCCAGUCUCCGAGGAGUGUAACGGCCCACUGGGGUCCACUAAAACCACAGACAUCUCCUCUAAUCACACCACAACUGGUGAGUGAGAGAUCAUAAGGAGGACUCUUCGUCGCCUUUUCUCAUCUUCUUCCUCAUCAGCACAGAAUGAGCCAGAGAGCCCUGCAGCCCCUCCUGUCGUUGAUACCAUGACUCCUGAAGAGAUCAAAGCCUGGGAAGAGGAAGCGCUGGAUGAGCCGAUCGACAUCGAUCAGAUCCGUGUUGACCCCUCACCUUUUCAGCUGGUGGAGAGAACAUCUUUGCAUAAGACUCACACUUUGUUCUCAUUGCUGGGUCUCAGUCAUGCUUAUGUAACCAGUAUUGGUAAACUGGUUGGGGUGGUGGCCCUAAAAGAGCUCCAGAAAGCGAUCGAGGGUUCGACCCGAAGCGGAGUGCGACUGCGUCCCCCUCUGGCCAGUUUCAGAGACGCAAGGCGCAAGGCCAGAAAACCUUCCCAUUCCCCCUCCAUCCCGUCCUCUCCCACACGAGACAAAGAGUUAUGGAGGGAGGGAGUGAUACAAGAAACUAAAGAUGAGUCUGUUGGCAGUUGUGUCCACGCAUCUGGGACAGAGUGUAAUAUAACCAUAGGCAACGGCAGCGGAAGUUCCACAGACACAUCUCAGGAGGAACUGCCGUCACCUUCAUCCACCAUCCCUCUCGCUUCUCUUCAUUCUGCGCCUGAAGGAAAAGCGAAUGGCGAUAGAGAGAGCGACGAGGACCGGUUAUAGUCUGUUGUUUUAAUUUUCCUCUAAUUCAGCCUUCCAGGGAGAGAUAAACCUUAGUAUGUGUCGCCUUUGAGCCCAGCAUGGGCCGCAGUGGCGAAUGAGAGCUGCACCAUGAGACACCACCGUGUUGUGUGUGUGUUUUUGAAAGGGAUUAUCUGCUCUCCAGACUGAACUCUCUUCUCUUUGAUCUUCUUAUUUAGUUACCUGCUAUACUAUACAUUUGUACAUAUGAACUGAGACAUCUCACUGAAUGUCAUCUCUACGGCACCUCAAGUUUGCUAGUUUUUAUGAUCAUAUCACUAUUUGGAAAGUGAAAUUGCUAGAUGUUUUUACCUUAAAGGGAUAGUUCACCUAAAAAUAAACAUUCUGUCAUCAUUUACUCACCCUCGUGUUUUUAUCUUACAGUAGGUCCAAACCUAUAGGAGAUUUACAUUUAGGUAUUGGCAGACUUUAGACAAAAGUUACUGUACAGUGCAUUACAAGGCAUACAUUAAGUAUGUGUGUUCCCUGGGUUUGAACACAUGACCUUUUGCGAUGCUAACGCAAUGGUCUAACACUACAGGAGCAUUUCUGUAAAAAGGUACAAUCUUUAUGUAUUUCAAAUCACAGUGAUAAAGUUCAUAGUGACCAAAAAAGAACAGAAAUACGAUGAUAUUUUCCAAACCAAGCAUUUGCCUUGUGUAAGAAACAGACUGGGAUUGUAUUGUCUUAUUGGGAUUAUUUGGCUAUAUAUGUAGUCAUUGUCAGUGUUGGGGAUAAUGCAUUACAAGUAACGCGCAUUACGUAAUAAUAUUUCUUUCGGAAGUAACGAGUAAAGUAAUGCAUUACUUUUAUAAUGUACAUAUUAAUAUUUGAGUUACUUUUUUUUACAAAAGUAAUGCAAGUUACUUUUCAGUUUAAUUAAUUCAAUUUAAAAAUUAAAAAUGUACUGAAUUAAACUGAACAUAUUAACAUAGAAUUACGCACUCUGUGCGCCUGAGUGGGAACACUUUGAGUCAGAAACUGAGAUAGCAGGCCAGAGCUUGACAUUUUUUCGAUCAUAAAAAACACCUGCAAGGCCUGAAAGAGAUCAAACCUCAGCCAAGUAAGAACAAGUAGUAAGUUAAAAAACUUAAAAGUACAUAAGCAUUACUUUCCAUGAAAAGUAACUAAGUAACACAAUUAGUUACUUUUUUGGGCAGUAACUUAAUAUUGUAAUGCAUUACUUUUAAAGGUAACUUUCCCCAACACUGGUCAUUGUGUGUUUCACAAUUUUAAAGCUUGAUGCCCUCUGGUAACUAUUCAAGGAUUAGUUCACCCAAAUGUGGCCCUGGACAACAAAACCAGUCAUAUGUUGCACGGGUAUAUUUGUAGCAAUAGCCAAAAAUACAUUGUAUGGGUCAAAAUGAUUUAUUAUAAAUAAUACUAGAAUAUUAAGGGGGACAUAUCAUGAAAAUCUGACUUUUCCAUGUUUAAGUGCUAUGAUUGGGUCCUCAGUGCUUCUAUCAACCUAGAAAAUGUAAAAUAAAUCAAGCCAGUAACUUAGUUUUGGUAAACCAUUCUCUGCAAACAUGUGAAAAAAAGGGCCAUUGAAAUUUGUCUCCCCUUGUGAUGUCAGAAGGGGAUAAUACCGCCUCUUAAUCUGCACUAUCCAACCACAGCUCUGCCAAUUAAAUGCAGAGAUCAGCUCAUUUGCAUUUUAAAGGACACACACAAAAUGGCACAUUUUUGCAUGUUUUAAUAAAUUAUCUAUAUGGUAUUUUGACCUAAAAUUUCACAUACGUACUCUGGGGACACCAAAGAUUUAUUUGACUUCUUAAAAAAGUUUUUUGUGAAAUGUACCCUUUAAGUAAAGAUCAUGACCUUGAAGAUAUUUUGUAAAUCUCCUACUAUAAUAUAUAAAAAAUGUAUUUAUCAUUAGUAAUGUGUGUUGCUAAGGACUUCAUUUGGACUUCAUUUUAAAGGGGGACAUAUCAUGAAAAAGAUCAACCCAGUAACUUAGUUUUUGUAAACCAUUCUCUGCAAGCAUGUGAAAAAAUAGGUAAUUGAAAUGUGGCUCCCCUUGUGAUGUCAAAAGGGGAUAAUACCGCCCCUUAAUCUGCACUAUCCAACCAUGCACGACACUGCCAUUUAAUGCAAAGAGACAAAAUAAUUGACAGCACAAUUGAUUUUCAAUUUCAACAAACCGGCAUUAUGGCAAUCAGUGUUUGCAUUUCAUCAGCUCAUUUGCAUUUUAAAGGACACACCCAAAACGCCCAAAUUUUUGCUCACACAUACAAAGUGGCAAUUUAACAUUUUGUAAUAAAUUAGCUAGGUGGUAUUUUGAGCUAAAACUUCACAUAUGUACUCUGGCGACACCAAAGAUUUAUUUGACAUCUUAAAAAAGUCUUGUGAAAUGUCCCCUUUAAACACAAUUUUCUAAAUAUUUAGAUUUUUGCACUCUCAUAUUCCAGAUUUUCAAAUACACUCAACAUUUAAAGUGGAUCAAAACAUUUAAGUUGUCUUAAAACCAAUACCCAAUAUUCUUGUCUAAGGACCACUCUGAUUAACAUUUUGAUUGAAUUUAAAUGUUGACUAUAGUUGUAUCUCAGCCAAAUAUUGUCCUAUCCUAACAAACCAUACGUCAAUGAAUAGCUAAUUUGUUCUGCUAUGAUGAUGUAUACAUUAAAAAUUGACCCUUAUGACUGGUUUUGUGUUCCAGGCCCACAUAUGUGAAAUGUCCAAUUGUUUUUCUUGCAAACGUAUUGUUUUGCUUCAGAAGACGUAUGUUAACCCAGUCAUUUGGAUUACUUGAAUAAUGGAUCUUUGUGUUUUUUGGAGCUUUGGCAUGUUUGGGCGAACUAUUCCCAUAAAGAUUAAAGCAUGAGCGUAAAUGAUGACAGAAUUUUCAGUGUUGUUUGAAUUUUUCCUUUUAAGGAGCCUUUCUUGCCUCUUAAAUUGUACUGAUGACACUGUAACAUAAUAGAUUCAGGUUCAUUUAGUCAUAUUCUAUGAUUUUUGUGUUUUUUAAUUAAAUCAAAACCAGUUAAUUCACAUUAGCGCAUGAAGCACAUUUGUGACCCUGUCUGUGAAAUCCGGGAUAAUAAGUUUAGGAGCAUCAAAGUUUGAUUUUACAUUGAUUUCAAUCUUUGACAUGACCUUACUCAGUCAAUAUUAAAGAUAUCAAGGUUAUUUUCCACAGAAUGUUCUUUAUUUUAUGUAAAAAACAGUAAAUCACAAAAAAAUAAUGACUUUAACUUUGGUUUUCACCGAUUGGUCACAUUAGUAGGUUUCCUGGCAGAACAUUUUUUACAAAGGAACAUGUUUCAUGUAUAAUUUAAUCACUUAGGCAUUCAUUUAAAGCUGACUUUUUAUUGUUUACGGCAUUAUUAUUAUCAUUUGAUUAUUAUAAAAAUUUAUGAAUAUCAGACUUUUUUGUUGUCUAUAUUGCUUUAACAGUCGCAUUAGCACGCAUUUUGUUGGAAAAAGAGCAUGGAAAGAAACACAUUUACACGACUUAAGAAUACACAAAGUGCACAGUAAUGCUUAGUUUGUUUCGUUUAUUUGUUUGUUCUUCGUAUUUUUGGGAAAAAUUAGGAAUAUCCAUAGUCUUGAGGGGCAGGAAGGUGUUCGUGCAGGAAAAAGAAACCGAUAAGAGAGAGAGAGAGAAUUCAAUGGAGGAAGAGCAGAUUGGAAGAACCUUCAGUAAAGCAUGCAUAGAUAUACGUAUCACAGAGCGUUUCUUAAUGUAUAUCACAUCUGGAUAAGCUCAGUUAGUCAUUUCCCAAAUAAAUGCAUUUGUAUAUCUCGCAUGUUAAAACAGUCGGAGUACUUCAAAACAAACUUGAUCAUGACAGCGUGUCUUUCACAGUCUUACUUUAUCUGAAUGUGAUUCUUCCACCAAGAGGAGACAACACAGGGUUAGAGUAACAGACAGUUUACACCUGAAGGAAAAGAUAGCGGAAGAGAGAGCAUCAAGUACACAAGUUUACAUAAAAGAGAGCGAGAGAGAGGUAGAACAAAGGACCGUUACAGUGUCAUGCUAACGUACAGUUUCGUAGUGAAAGAUGGCAGUAGAAUCAUACAAAAAACACAAUUGAUAAGCCACCACAUCCAAAGAAAUAAAUUACAUUAUUUAUUCAUUCUUACAUUUCUUAUCUUACAUAAAAAGCAAUAAAACAGAAAAUGACAUCACUCCUUUGGUUGCAU